GCACAGACGCAAGUGUCAUACAUAGCUUACGGACUAGUUAACGUAAGCCAAAACGCACCAUUUAGCUAGCCAAACAUUUCUGUCUGUAGCUAUUACACAUCCAGCUAGCUACGUUUGAUGACACACACUGGACUUUAAUAUUCGCUAAAAUUCAAGUAGUUAUACAGUAUCUUUAAGCUAGCAUGCUAACCGGUUGAUUGCAAGAUAUUGCUGUUCAAGUUACUUCAACAAUUUGGCAAUACUUACUGAAUACAGGGCUUUUGAUGCCAUUGCUAAUAAUGAAAAAAGUCCAAAUACGGACCCUGUCUGUACUGUAACUACGCAGUGCUGUGCAAUGAAGUUACAAUGUCAAAUCUAAAACAAACUUUGUGAUUUUCGAAAACCAGAAACAGACUAAUUCACAUGUUUGGGCGGCGCCGUUCUGUCAGGAGAGCCACGGCUUUCAGCGUUCUAUGGCGUAAUCACGCAGCCUCCCACGUACGGUGGCCUGGGAAAGCCAUACUAACGCCGGCUUCCGCUUGGCAACAACACGUGAGAAUCAUUGCAAGCUAACAAGAACAGAAACUUGAAUAGUAGUUUUUAGCUUGCAUAAAAUAACAUAGUAGCUAGCUGUCAAAAUGAGUCUAAACACUGACGACGAUGGAGGAGCAGACUCAGAUAAUAUUUUUUUAGACGAUGUAUUAAAUCGGCUGUACGAUUUUGGGGAUGGGCCACAAGAGAAAAGGAAAAAGAAAUCGCUAAAAACCAAGAGAAAGAAGUCACAUGAAGAAGUGGAGUACACCUCUGUUGACAGUGGCCACGCCAGCAAGGACGGUGGUCUGGACUGCACAAAUUCACUGGAACGGAAUAUCGCUGUGACUUCAGUUCCCGUCCCAGAAUCCUGCAAAGUUGGGAACACAACUCAGGCCACCAAGAGGCCUGCACAAGUAGAGGUUGUGACGUUUCAGAACCCCUUAAAGAAAAAGAAAACGAAAACUAUUCCAACCCCCGAAAUAAAGCCUCCUGCUGCAGAUGAGAAGAAGGUAGUAGACCAAAAAGACUUGGGCCUAAGUCUAGAAAAGGCACGUUUGGAGGUUCACCGGUUUGGAAUCACCGGGUACCAGAAGGAGCAGCAGCGGCUUUUCGAACAAGAACGAGCCAUCAUGCUGGGAGCCAGGCCCCCGAGGAAACAAUACGUCAAUUACAAAGCCUACCAGCAAAUGAUAAAGGACAAGAAGCAGAAAGCAAAGGAAGAGCCAAACUUGGAUAAUAAGAAAAAGAAGAAUAAAAAAGAGAGUAAAGAAAGAGGUGAGAAGAGGAAGUCUUCUAGUUCAAUACCAACAGGCCAGGUGGGCCGGUUUAAAAAUGGAAUGCUGACGUUGAGUUCCAAGGAAAUACAAAUGAUAAAGACCUCAAAAGUAAUAAAAUGAAAAUGACUGAGAAAAACUAUGACUGU